GCGAUUCUGAAUCUCAAAACCUUCAAUCUUUCUGAUUCUGAUCAUCGAUCACUUCUCUCCAUUCACGAUUCUUCUGGAUCUGAUUCUCAUUAGAUUCUCCAUUGAUCAGUAGGCUGUAGCUCCUUGACUUUCGUACGUUCAGAAUGGAGAACUUGAUAUCUUUGGUGAACAAGUUACAGAGAGCGUGCACGGCUCUCGGCGAUAACGGAGAAGAGAGUUCUUUGCCCACUCUAUGGGACGCUCUUCCUUCCAUUGCCGUCGUUGGCGGUCAGAGCUCUGGAAAGUCUUCUGUGCUGGAGAGUGCGGUUGGCAAAGACUUUUUGCCUCGAGGAGCUGGGAUUGUUACUAGGCGUCCUCUUGUACUACAACUUCAUAGAAUUGAUGAAGGAAGAGAAUAUGCAGAGUUCAUGCACCUUCCAAGAAAGAGAUUCACUGAUUUUGCUGCAGUGAGGAAGGAAAUAUCAGAUGAAACAGAUAGAGAAACUGGUCGUUCAAAGCAAAUUUCAAGUGUUCCAAUCUACCUUAGUAUAUUUUCACCCAAUGUUGUGAAUUUGACUCUGAUUGAUCUGCCCGGACUUACAAAAGUUGCUGUUGAUGGUCAAUCCGAUAGCAUAGUUCAAGACAUUGAGAAUAUGGUUCGAUCCUUCAUAGAGAAGCCUAACUGUAUAAUAUUGGCCAUCUCUCCUGCCAAUCAAGAUCUCGCUACUUCUGAUGCAAUUAAAAUUUCUCGAGAAGUUGAUCCCACAGGGGAGAGGACAUUUGGAGUUUUAACCAAGAUUGAUCUUAUGGACCAGGGUACAGAUGCAGUUGAAAUUCUGGAAGGAAAAGCUUAUAAAUUGAAAUUUCCUUGGAUUGGUGUGGUGAAUCGCUCCCAAGCUGAUAUCAAUAAAAACACUGAUAUGAUUGCUGCUAGACGUAGGGAACAAGAGUAUUUUUCUAGCACACCAGUAUAUAGUCACCUUACUCACAGGAUGGGAUCUGAGCAUUUAGGCAAGGUUCUCUCUAUGCAUCUGGAACAAGUUAUCAAGUCUCGAAUUCCAGGCCUUCAAUCCCUUAUUAGCAAAACAAUCAUUGAACUAGAAACAGAGUUGAGUCGUCUAGGGAAGCCUGUUGCCACAGAUGCUGGUGGAAAACUAUACAUGAUAAUGGAAAUCUGCCGUGUUUUUGAUGGAAUAUUCAAAGAACACCUAGACGGCAUACGGCCAGGUGGUGAAAGAAUAUACAGCGUAUUUGAUAACCAGCUUCCUGCUGCUUUAAAAAGAUUGCAAUUUGACAAGCAUCUUUCAAUGGAAAAUGUACGAAAACUCAUUACUGAAGCUGAUGGGUAUCAACCUCACUUAAUUGCUCCUGAACAAGGAUAUCGUCGUCUAAUCGAGUCUUCACUAGUCACAAUUAAGGGUCCUGCUGAAAGUGCUGUUGAUGCUGUUCAUGCCAUAUUAAAGGAGCUAGUACACAAGUCAAUAAGUGAAACAAUGGAACUGAAGCAGUAUCCCAGUUUAAGAGUGGAAGUUGGAAAUGCAGCAGUUGAAUCAUUGGAUAGGAUGAAGGAAGAAAGCAGAAGAGCAACUUUACAGCUAGUGGAGAUGGAAUAUAACUAUCUUACUGUUGAUUUCUUCAGAAAACUUCCACAAGAUGUUGAGAAAGGUGGAAAUCCAACUCAUUCGAUAUUUGAUCGUUAUAACGACUCAUAUCUCAGGCGAAUAGGGUCUACUGUCUUAUCUUAUGUGAACAUGGUGUGUGCUAGUUUGAGGAACUCUGUCCCCAAAUCAAUUGUUUAUUGUCAAGUUCGCGAGGCUAAGAGGAGCCUACUUGAUCAUUUCUUCACUGAAUUGGGUGCAAAGGAGGUAAGACAGUUGAGUAAGUUAUUGGAUGAAGAUCCAGCUGUCAUGCAACGACGUUUGUCGAUUGCUAAGAGGUUAGAGCUUUAUCGAUCUGCUCAAUCAGACAUUGAUGCAGUUGCAUGGGCUAAGUAAGUUGGUUUAUUUAUUAUCAAUUAGUUAUAAUUCUUUGAUUUAUUGAUUCUUGAAUCUAUGUAUAGAGAGAAAAGGUGGGACUUU